UCCUGGCUCGGCGCCGACGCUCUCGCGACCCUACCUUCUUGGCGCCAACCUCCGCUAGAGAUAAUAAAGUGCAGGUGCGAUGGGACGGCGAAACCCCAGAGCAACCGCUAGAUUCCACCUGCACAGCUGCGAGGCAAAAAGUUCCUCAUAAGUGACCCCGAGAGAUCAUACGAGUGGUUUUUGAGUUUUCUAUUCUCAUUCAGUGUAUUUUAUUGAUGUGUGACUCCCAUGAAGACAAAUAUAAGUAUAUACCCACAGCAGUUACACCUGGAAAAGCCCGGUGUGCUUUAGUGUCCCCCGAGCGAAGAGAUUAUGGUCGUGAGGGAAGCGGCCCGACCUCUAGCGCAGCCAGGGUGUGUCUCGCUGGCUCGUGGCGUCGCUCCUACGGCGGUAAUUGAGAGUGGCACCUCCGGGCGCUGCCAAGCUCGGGCUCCGGUGGCACUCCUCUGCUGCCGCGACACACACGUCUAAAAUGAGGUCUUACUUUAAGAAAUUUGAGAACCAGGAUUAAAAGUUUCGUGGUCGAGGAAGCUGUGCCACCUGCGUGUCGAGGAUUUAAGCUUCUCUGCUGAUCGUUUUCCGAAAUCCUAUUCAGCGAUUUUUGUUCUUUCAUAGUUGUUUAUUUCCGUGUUAGAUUAACAAUAUCUAAUUUAUAUACAUAUAAAAAACUGAGUGGUUGAUUCGAUUCCUAGACGGUAGAUGGUGAGAGCAAGUGCCGAGUGGUGGUGUUGAGUGCGGUGUCCGGUGUAUCAACUUGCCGCUCUGUUUUUCUUUUCUCUGCUUGUGUGGCACCAGCUGCGCGAACUGUCACCUCUCCCGUGGCACCAGCCUUGUGUGGCACCGACCGCGCGAGUGGCACCAGGACGAUGAUGAGCUACAACGUCGGCGGCGGCAGCGGGGGCGGCGACGUGGGCUACCUGGACAAAGUGGCCCCGAGUUCCCCCGGCGAACACAAGCGCUUCACCGUGAGCCACCUGCUGGACCUGCCCGACCUGGUGCGCCUCCCGCAGACGCCCGCCUUCACCCACGACCUGGCCGCCCUCCACGCCCACCCUGCCCACGACCUCGCCGCCCUCCAUCAACUUCAGGGACCACACCUCUACCACAAUGCGAGGGCGCCCCCCCUGCACCCGCAGCAGCACCACCACCACCUGCAGAACCACGGGCAGCACCAGCAGCAGGCGGCGGCGGGGCUUCAGCAGCAGCAGGCCGUGGACUGCAGCGCGGCACAGCAUCUCCACCACCAGCAGAAGCAGCAGCAGCAGCAGCAGCAACAACCACAGCAGCACCAACAGCUCCAGCACCCGCAGCCACAGCCGCCGCCGCCGCAGCAGCAGCACUCCCCGGUGCAGCACGUGGCUCCCGCUCAGACCAGGGUGCAGCAACAGCAGCUCCAGCAGCAGCAACACCAGCAACAGCAACACCAGCAGCAGCAACAGCAGCAGCGUCAGCAGCAGGGGGGCGCGGGCGGCGACAUGCGCGUGACCAGCCCGCCGGCGCCCAAGACGGAGAGAUCCCCGGCCUCGGCUCAUGACACGGACAAGAGCGACGGUCUGGUUCCAGAACCGCCGUGCCAAGUUCCGCCGCAACGAGAGGAGCGUCUUAGCCCAGAGGUCCUCCUCCUUCCGGCCAGCUGACACGCCCCCUUCGGUCACGCCCACGACAGGCCCCGUCGAGCAGCCUCUCGCGCCCAGGCCCUCCGGCAACACCGGCAUGCCCAUGUGCGACUACAGCGGCUACGGGACGGUGGGCGUGGGCGUGGGCGUGGGGGCGUGGAAGGGGUCCGGAGGAGGUGUGGGCGGAGCGACGCCUCCAUAUCUAUCACACUUCACGCCCACCAGUUCUCCCACGCCCAUGUGCACGUCGUUGCCACCCGGACUCGGCGGGACUUACGGCAGCGGCAUGCCCACCGCAGGUCAAAUGGGCGGAGCUUACAUGGGGUCAUCGCUAGCGAAUCUGCGACUGCGCGCGCACGAGUACUCCCUCCACCAAGGUCAAGUGUGAAGUGCUCUCGAAACGCGUGUGCGAAUAAGAAAAUGAUAGAAUGGUUAUAACGCAGGACACGUGAGGCUUUCGGGUUCGUGUGUUCGAAGCAUCGGUGGUUCGUUUGGUGUGAACCGAGAAGCUUCGAACUUUCGGAAGAAUUGUUAGUCUGUGACAGAACUCGUGAUCUUGGGGGGAAAAAAAGUGCGACGUGAAUCUAGUGCGUCUAAAAGCCUUGUAUAGAAAUCUGUGUGCGCACUAAAGGCCAUUUGUCCAUGAUAAGACCCAAGUUCAUGAACCAUAUGAGUGGAAAUCCUUAACUGUGGGGAGGAGAAAAUGUUAUAAUUAUGUAUGACGGUACUAUUACCUACUCUCGCGGCCGACCCAAGCUAUGUCCAUGGAUUUAAACCGGCCAGGGACAGACAAAUGUAAAAAAGCAUAAAUCAUAUCCCAGUUUUUUUCAAGUCAUACCUUCAGUGACGUGGAGGUUUCGCCAAUGGACAAAGCUCAUCAUGAACACCAAAGUUUGUUGUUUUAGCAAGUUCAUCGACGACAGAUUCCUUACAAGUGUUCAGUGACCGGCAAGUUGAGUAAAAAGGUCGCUGUUGCAGUAAUUAAAUAUGAAUUCACUUCUGUUAUGUAUUCGCAUGUACCGGAUUCGCUGUGUUAACAGUAUAUCUCAUAUCUGGGUCAGUAAAUGGAAGCCAUGUUAGGCAGAUGCUAAGGAAUGAAGUCUAAUUCAGUGGAAAACAGUCUUGGAGCUUUUCUAAAGAAGUGAACGCAGCGCUAACCACAGUGGGAAUCAGAGUCGAAAUCUUCAGCAUUGUGUCCAUUCUCAACGCCCGUCUCCAGCAUGUAUUAAGAAGCCAGCACGGAUAAAGCAUAACACGAUUUAAAGCCAAAAAACAAGUGAUAUGGAAACUGUGUCGCUCUUGUCUCUAAGCAAGGAAGUGACACAGUCUGAUUAGGAAAGACAAGACGAUGUUACUUGUGCAUCGCGUCAAAAGGAACUCGAAAACACCCAAAAAAAACUACGUUUCUUGGACUGUGUGUAUAGUGUGGCGUUCCUUUAUCCGUUGAACACGGGGAACUAUGUUCAAAAUGUUCACCCGUGAUAAAACUCUGUGUGUCUGUGAUCAUCCGAAGAGACCUUAAUCAUGUUGGCAAUUAUUUUUUUUUUUCUUUAGUUCCUGGUGCUUAUAUGACCGAUUCCAAGAUACAGGACCAUGUUGUGGAGUCAUAGCCCAGGUUGCAUCACUGUACUUAGUAAACUGCAUUUUUUUUCACUUCUCAUGUACAGUAUGUUGUUUCAUACUUGGAGUAUUACUGGCAAAUUUGGUUAUUAGAAGUGAGAAGAAGAAGAAAAAAAAUCUUACACUUGUAAUUCAAGAAUAAUAUAUUGUGGACCACA